UCAACUACAUCGAUAAUAUCUCUUAUCUUUGGGAAAUGCUUCAACCAACCAAUUGUCCCUGGUGCGUUGCCCUCUACCCUCAUAUCGCUUAAAUUUGGGGAAUGCUUCAACCAGCCCAUUGUACCUGGUGCGUUGCCCUCAUCCCUCGCAACUCUUGUCUUUGGGGACACAUUCAAUCAACACAUUGACCCUGGGACACUUCCUUCUUCCAUCACUUCGCUUGUCUUUGGCCAUAGUUUCACACAAGAACUACUCCCAGGAACACUGCCAUGUUAUCUCAAGACAUUAACAUUUGGAUAUGUUUACUAUAUGGACCAGUUGGACAAUGAUGUUCUUCCACCAUCACUCAGAAGAUUGGAAGGGCAAAUAGAGCAUACAAUUAGUCCAGGAUUCCUCCCGGAAGGACUUCAAUCAUUGAAGAUCGAUUACUACUUUAACGAUAGGUUGACAAUUGGAAUGCUUCCACAAUCGCUCAAAAGUUUGACAUUGUCAUCUGCAUUCAACAAACCAAUUGACCAAGGUGCAUUGGGACCAGCACUCACAUCACUAAUAUUCCAAAAUGGUUUCAAGAGACAAAUGACUCCAGGAAUGUUGCCUCAAUCUCUACAAACACUUAAAUUUGGUUACCAUUUUAACAGGACCAUUUUUCAAGGAGCACUUCCACUCUCAUUGACAACAUUAAUUUUUGGGGAUAGAUUCAACAAAUCACUAUCCACAGGGGUAUUGCCCCAGUCACUAAUCAACUUGUUCUUUGGUUCAGACUUUGAUCGAAGGCUCAAUGGCGCACUUCCCUCAUCACUACAAUCAUUAACACUUGGAUCAUCAUUCAGACAGAGCCUUAUCGAUACAUUGCCAAUAUCUCUCACGUCAAUAACAUUCCACGAUACAUAUAGUUGUGAGGACAUUUCUUGUCUUCCAGUCAACCUCAAAUCAUUGAUAUUCAAAAAACAAUUGUUUUUGGAACAAAAUCAGUCCUGGAACAAU